UCUUCUGGGAUAAGCGUCGGCACGGAGAAACAGUGAGAGGUUUGGUGCUUCGUCUGAGUUUUAACAAUGGCGGACUCUGCUGAUAAUGUGAAGUCCCUUAGCAUUGAGAACGGUGAUGACGAAUUGGAUAAAUGGCUUCCAAUCACCGCGAAUCGGAACGCUAAAUGGUGGUACUCAGCCUUUCACAACGUUACGGCCAUGGUUGGUGCAGGAGUGCUCAGCCUCCCUUACGCCAUGUCCCAACUUGGAUGGGUGCCUGGAAUUACAGUGCUACUGUUGUCAUGGAUCAUUACCUUGUACACCUUGUGGCAAAUGGUUGAAAUGCAUGAGAUGGUGCCAGGAAAGCGAUUCAAUAGGUAUCAUGAGUUAGGGCAGCAAGCCUUUGGGAAGAAGCUUGGCCUUUACAUUGUCGUGCCGCAACAGCUCAUUGUCGAAGUCGGGAUAAACAUUGUUUACAUGGUCACUGGGGGGCAGUCUCUGCAGAAAGUCCAUGAGACAGUUUGCGGAGAGUGCAAACCCAUCCGCCUCACUUACUUCAUCCUCAUAUUUGCCGCUCCACAGUUCUUCCUCUCCCAAUUGCCAAAUUUCAACUCAAUAUCUGCAAUUUCAUUGACUGCUGCAGUUAUGUCUCUAAGUUACUCUACAAUAGCCUGGGGAGCCUCUGUUCAUAAGGGGAAACAACCGGAUGUAGAAUAUGGGCUAAAGGCUUCAACAACAGCAGGGACUGUAUUCAACGUUCUAAGCGCUCUUGGAGAUGUUGCUUUUGCGUAUGCCGGUCAUAAUGUAGUAUUGGAGAUCCAGGCGUCAAUUCCUUCAACUCCAGAUAAACCAUCAAAAAAACCCAUGUGGAAGGGUGUGGUUUUUGCUUAUAUUGUAGUUGCGCUCUGUUACUUUCCCGUUGCACUAAUUGGCUACUGGUACUUUGGAAAUGAUGUUGCCGAUAACAUCUUGAUGUCUCUCGAGAAACCUCGAUGGUUGGUUACAGUUGCUAACAUCUUUGUAGUCAUCCACGUAGUUGGAAGCUAUCAGGUAUACGCAAUGCCAGUGUUUGAUAUGAUAGAGACAGUUUUGGUGAAGAAGUGCCAAUUUAAGCCUAGCAUGUUUCUUCGCUUGAUUGCACGCAGUUCUUAUGUUGCCUUAACAUGCAUAAUUGGUAUAAUCUUCCCUUUCUUUGGAGGGCUUCUUGGCUUCUUUGGGGGAUUUGCACUUGCCCCAACUUCGUAUUUCCUGCCUUGUAUCAUAUGGCUGGCCAUCUAUAAGCCCAAAAGAUUCAGCUUGUCUUGGUUGACAAAUUGGAUGUGCAUCAUUCUUGGUGUGCUGCUUAUGACUGUAUCACCAAUUGGAGGUCUAAGACAAAUCAUCCUCUCUGCCAGGAACUACAAGUUCCUUUCAUGAUUCAGUUUUUCCAUCCACAGCAAAUGGAAAAGAAGCACGCGGUUUGGUUGUAACUUACUCUGAAGAUCAUGCAAAAUAAGCACGCAGCACUGGGCCUUGUAGUCCUGCCUGACUUGGGCGCCCAGUAAAUGCAGUAAUACGGAUCAACAAGCAAGGCUUGUAAAAGCCGCCAGUCCUUCCUUCGUACUAGCUAGUUAAAGCUGUCCUACCAAAGAGAAUCUUCUUCCUCCUCUUCUUAAAUUUUCAACAAUGCAUGCCAUUCUCUUACAUUCAUUGCUUACAAGAUCCCACAUGUAAAAGCUCUGUGGGAUCAUGCAGAUCAUCAUGCAGUUUUCAUUUGGUUGUUCACUUUCCCUACUUUA